AUGAAGCUUGCUGGAUUUUUGAUUUUAAACAGUCAUUUCUCCGCCGCUUUCAAUUACGAAAAAGACUGGGCAAUUACUGAGCGCGGGCCCUCGGGCUCCAACUUCGGCUACUCUCUUGACUUCGAUGAGGAUUCAAUCUUCGUCGGGGCGCCAACUCUAGAAUCGAAAAAGAAUGGCAAAACCGGCGGAGUCUUCAAAUGUUCUUUCGAGAAAGAAUCGACUUCUUGUGCCCCGCUCUUUGAUGAUCAGCUAACUAAAGAGUACAACAACUCGAUGUUCGGAAUGACCCUUUCUUCCGACAAUGGAUUCUUGGUUUCUUGCGCGCCAAAAUUUUACAAGGAAUUUCCCAGUUUUACAAAUCUCAAUGGAGAAAGAAUUGAAAAUCCGAUUCAAUCAUUGACUGGAAGUUGCCUAGCGAGCAAGAGCGUCAACUGGCGGCUGAGAAGCGACCUCAAGAAUCCAGUCAAUGAACUUGGCAAGAAAUACAAAAUCCGAAAACAUACAUUCUGGUACGCCAAAUCGCAAAUCGGCUCUUCCGCCUUUGUCGACCGCGAAAAUCUGAUUCUAGGCGCUCCUGGUGCUUUUGCCUGGUCCGGACUCGUCGCCGCAGCUGAUCUUUCCCGAGAAGAUUCGCUUGUUUUUUCAGAACUUUGUCAAGAAGAAGUUGGAAAGGCAGGCAAAAAUCACUGGUGCAGAGAACUCAAUCAACCGAAAGAUUCUUACUCUGGCUCUUCUGUUCUCAUUCUUCGGAAUGUCCGGGGCUUUCCUGGAGAAGCACUGUAUGUUACUGGCCUUCCAGGAGAGAAUUACUAUGGCGCCGUGAGAUUUUAUCGAAAUGAUGGGCGAAAUCUUCGAGAAAUUGAGGAAUUGUUCAUUGAUGGAAGAGAACAUUUUCUUGAUUUUUUCAAACGACCGACUGGUUUGACGAGUUCUUUUGGCUACAGUAUGACGAGCUUGGACUUUGAUGGAGACGGAUUCGACGAUCUCGUCAUUGGCGCUCCUCAAUUUUUCGACAAAGGAUCGGACGGAAACGACAUCGGUGGCGCUGUUUUUGUUUUCCUCUCCUCCCAGAAUUCUGAUCAAAAACCCUUCGAAAAGGCUUCUGUUCUCGUCGGCUCCGCAGGCAGCAGCUUUGGCAAAAGCUUGACGAAUGGAAAAGACGCGAAUAUCGAUGGUUUCGAAGAACUCAUCAUCGGCGCUCCAGCAGCAGGAAAAGUCUUUAUUUACAAUGGAGGAAAAAGUCUUUCAAAAAAUCCGACUCAAGUGCUUUCUGGAGAAGAUUUUGACAUCGAUGCUUUUGGAAUGUCGGUUUCUGGUGGGCAAGAUUUCGACAAGAAUGGACAUCCUGACUUGCUCGUUGGAGGAAAAGAUGCGAUUGUGGCAAUUCCGACGAGACCGGUGAUUUCGAUCUCUUCCUUGAUUUCAAUGACGGAUUUUGAUGGAGAGGAGAUUCAGUCGAUUGAUCUAGAUGAACCAAAACAAUGCGACGAAAACGGCGAAAAAUACACCUGCUUCAAUGUCAAAGUCUGCUACAAAUUCGACCACGCUUCGAUCGACAAAAUCCAAGGAAAUAAAAUGCUCAACUAUCGAGUCAUCAUCGAUUCUCUUUCCGAAGAAGAAAAUAAAACUCCUCGGGGAAGAAUCGGAGGAUGGAAGGAUUUCACGAAUUCUGUCAAGGCGAAAACUCAGAUUGAAAUUGAAGCUGAUAAGCUGGAGUGUUUUGAUGAGCUCAAGGUCUUUUUGCAAGGAGAGAUGAGUGACAAACUGAGUCCGAUCGACAUAAGCCUUGAAUUUUCGCUUGAAGAUACUGAGCUCACCAGGAGCGACUUGGCGGAUAUCAACGAGUACCCAAUUAUCCGAACAAAUGGUCAAGAUCGAGAGUCGAAAUUCCUUCAGAUCAAGAACAACUGCGCUGAUCCUCAUUUUUGCCAAGAUAAUUUGAAGGCGGCCGAGCAAAUUCUAGAGGUGCAAGAUGCUAAAGGAAACUGGCAAAAGAUGACGGCCGGAAGUGGCAAGGAAGUUGUCUUUGGAUCAUCGAAUUUGCCCAAAGCAAGAUGGUCGGUUGUCCUGACAAAUGACGGGGAAGACGCCCACCAAGCCGGUUUCACCGCAUAUUUCCGAUCCUUCAUCAAAUUGGCCGACUUCUCUAUCAAAUUUCUUUCGGGCAAAAAAUCAGAGUCCGAGUUUUCCUGCUUCGAAGAAAUCACCGUCAAAUUCAAUAAAAUCACCUGCAAAGUCGGAAAUCCAUUUUUGACUGGAAGCAAAGCGAAAGUCGAGUUGGAUUUGGACAUUAUCUAUGUUCGCGAAAAUGUGAGCCCGAGCUUCGACUUGAAAAUGGAGGUUUGGAGCCACAAGACGAAGAAUCCGAGGAGGGAUGAGCUUUCUAGAUCUUCUAGAGGACCUUCGAGCUGGGGAUACGGCGGAUCCGAUGAAGCUACCAUCCACACUUUCGGCGACUUGAAAUUCGAGGCUGAUGUUGAACUUGUCACCGCUACUCGUCCUGAAUUCAUCCCAAUCAAGUAUUCCCCCAGUCAGAUUCGAAGAGAUAGAGGGGCGAGCACUGGUAACAUCGGCGAUUUUGGCGAUCGAGUCGAGUCUGUUUUGGUUGUCAAGAAUCGAGGAGCGACACCGGCGAAUGAUUUGGUUGUUUCUGUCAAGAUUCCUUUGAAACUGAAAAACGGAGAUUUUCUAAUGUAUCCGAUGGAUUCAGUGGUUAUCAAAGACAUCGACCUCAAGAGCCGAUGCCACCUGGCCGAGGGAUUUAAUCCUGACAAGUUUGAUUUCGUCAAUACUUACAAGGAGCUGAUUCCUCAAAGAUCAAAAAGAUCCAGCGUCCUUGAUUUUGUAGAAGACGAAACUCAUCGAAUGAUCAAACUUCAGAGCCACACCCUUAAUUGCGACUCAGACUUGAUCGAGUGCUCCGAAGUCGUCUGCAACAUCGAAUCCUUGAAUGCAAAUGACAACGCUUGGAUUCGAAUCCAAACUGCGAUUUCUCAUCGAGCUCUUCAAAAACAUUUUGAAGGUUCGAAUAUUUUCGAUAUCGAGUGGAAUGCUGAAAUCAACUCUGAAAACUCGAUGCUCAAGGGAGAACUUGCCAGUAAAAAUGUUUUCAGAGUCGAUCAGGAAAUUUUGGUGCAAGCAUACGGACCGAGAUGCGACAUCUCGCACCUCCUCUCCAAUUCCACCCUCCUCCUCCGCGGAGCUAUAAAGGGCCAAACCUUGACCAACAAGGGCAAGAUCCGAAAGCAAGCUCAAAUCCUCCUCCAUGAAUCUGGAACCUUCUCCGAUUGGUUCGUCAGCUGCUCGGCCGACAAGAAGCAAUUUGGUACGAUCAAGUGCUACUCUGAUGGCAGUUUGGUCGAAGACGUCCCAGAAUCAAGCGGGCUUGAGGCAGAGAACAACGUCUGCUUCAGAGAAUGCAAUCAGCCGAAUGGAACAAAACUCACAUCGAACAAAAAACUCAAAUGCGUGUGUGAUGGCAGCAACUGCAACUACUUUUUCAAUUUCCGAGGAAGCAUCGCAAGCAUCAACCAUACCAAAUGGAAUGGGGUUCCUUAUGUAACCCCGUGUGAUGUUGCUACAACAACAACGUCGACAACGACAUCAACAACUACUCCAAUCACGACCACGCCUUCUACAACUUCUUCAACCGCAUCUUCUACAACAACCUCCACCACCACCACUUCCACCACGACCUCCACCACCACCACAACCACGACCACAACAACGAGCACCACUCCUGCUCCCCCAGCCGAUUGGCACUGCCCCUCCGUCAUCCCAAUUUCCGACUACGAAAUCGCCCUCGGCAUCUCUCCCUCCGACAUGCUCUGGGAUUGCACCGAUUCCAACGCCGACCAAUCUCUUUGCGAAAAAUCCUGUCCACCUGGCUUCGUCAUCCGAGGAAGAAAGACGACAAAGAAUUGCGACUGCCGAAACGCAACACGAUGUCAGUGGAAGACAAACCUGGCCAACUGCGAGCCAGCUAUUUGCUUCCCGAAUCCCGAGCGAUACUGGCCCGAUAACUUGGACGGGAACGAAAUGGACUGCAAGACAGCUGAUGGCGUCCAAAUCGACUACGCCCAAGCCAUGGUCGAUGGCUUUCCUCAGGGAGCAGUUUGUCAAGCUAAAUGCCAGGAAACAGAAAUUUACGGCACGUGGUUUUCGAAAACUUCGACCUGUGAGUGCAAUGAGCUUGGACGAUGCGUUUUCAGCGAGAAUAAAAUCCAACGAUGCGAGGUCGCUGCUUGCUCGCCGAAUAUUGAUGACUUGAUCGGAACAUUUUCCGAAGGCUUUGAAGAUCCUAACUGGAUCGAUGGCAACCCAGAGGCGGAAUUCCAGGAGCUGGAUUGCGACGAAUACUGGCCAGAAGACCACGAAGAUGAGCGAGUCCGGGGCAAGGUGAAAUAUGGAUCCAAGUGCCGAAUCAAGUGCAAGGACGGGUAUCACCUUGCGGACGAGCUAGUUGGCGAGAGCCAGCUGGAAAUCACGUGCUCGAAUCACCACAUUUUCAAAACUUCUUACAAUAUAAUCCACGAUGUGAUGGACUACUAUGGCGAGUGCGGAGUAGAGUGGUGGUCGGAUUGUGGGGACUUUCCUUCCUGCGCCGCGAAUAACUGA